AUGCCUUUUGCUCGAUCCUUAUUGAAGAUCCCAAUAUUCCUCUUCACUGUUGCCCUGGGUCUCAUCAUUUACCAAGGGUUUGAAUCUUCGUUCCUGACCCGAUCUAUCACAUUGUCCUCCGAAGGGCAAUCUGCAUCGUCCUAUUUUGAGAGCUGGAAAACAUGGUUCUAUCCAUCUCAGUCUAAGGUGACAGGCUCAAAGCAGCCUCUAGGGAAGGAGUGGAAUGUUGUCCACCACCUGGGAGGAAAUGGGCCCUGGAUUGAGAAUGCCGGUGAAGGGACAGCUUCAAAUCUAGGCCCCCCAGAUGGAUGCUCAGUGGAUCAAGUGCAUUUAUUAUCUCGCCAUGGAGAACGAUAUCCAACACCUUCUGCCGGGAGUAGACAUCUCCAGUUUCUGAAGCGAGUGCAAGAGACAGCCCUACCGCUCAAUGGCUCAUUUGAAUUCUUGAAUGACUGGACCUAUUUCUCUAACAACCCCGAAAGAGACUUUGGGGAGUUGAGUAGCACAGGCCCUUACGCUGGAACGCUGGGUGCGUUCACGACUGGUGUCAGACUCAGAACACGAUAUGAGAAUCUGAUCCCGAAAGACAUCCGCACGCGUCUAUGGGCAAGUGACUCGGGCCGUGUAAUUGAUACAGCCCGUCAUUUCGCCUCCGGGUUCUUUGGCCUAGACUGGGAGAGCUCUGGAAAAGCACAGUUACAGAUCAUCCCUGAAUCUUUUGAAAGGGGCGCGGACACUUUGACUCCAGGUGAUACCUGCCUUAAGUAUCUCGAAGAUAGCAUUCUUGGCCAUGACAAUGGUUUGGAGAUGCUUGCGCAGUUCCAGGAAACCUACAUUCCUGCAAUUGCAAACCGCCUGAUCCAAGAGGAUAACAUCGGUCUGAACAACCUUUCCAAUGAGGAUGUUUAUGGUAUGCAGGAGAUGUGUGGGUUCGAGACUAUGGUGCGAGGAACGAGUCCAUGGUGUGAAGUUUUUACCGAGCAGGACUGGUAUAACUUCGAGUAUGCUCGCGAUUUGCUACUUUAUUAUCGUGCGGGGCCGGGGAAUCCAUACGCUGGUGCGAUGGGUUGGCUUUGGUUGAAUGCAACGACUGGACUGCUUCGCGAUGGACCAACGGCUGGAAGCAUAUUCUUGAGUUUUGUACAUGAUGGCGACAUAGCCCCAUUUCUCACGGCACUAGGAAUAUUCACUGGCGAAAAGGAACUUCUUCCCACGACCCAUAUUGCCGCAAACCGUGUAUGGCGCAUUUCUCACAUUCUCCCUAUGGGCGCAAGAGUCACACUUGAACGAUUAUCUUGCUCAUCAGACCACGAGGAUCCAUAUGUUCGAAUCAAUAUCAAUGAUCGGAUCAUACCGUUGCCUUUCUGCAAGUCAGGUCCUGGGGAGUCUUGUCCUCUCAAUCAGUUUGUGGAAUAUAACCUCCCUUUCUUGAGCUUCCACUUCUUCACACCCCUUGACUCCACAUUCACGCAAUCCCUUGACCACAUCCCAUCUACCGUCAUGGAGUACCACUCCGUCCCACCGGAGGAACGCGCCAGAGACGAGGAUGGCAACCUCCUUCCUUGGGGUUAUGUUUACAAAGAUGAAUCUCGCAACCCUCGACGGCCACCUGAAGAAUCUGGACCCUUCGGCAAGAGAAGAAAUGCUCGAUACGAUAAUGCCCGCUCACGAACACGAACUGGAACACCAGCAAAGCGCGAGAACCCCAAUGUCGCCGAGUUCGGUCGGCUAUUCUCACAGCAACAGCAGGACGAGGAGAAAACACACGGCUUGCCCAAGUCAUCAUCGUCAUCCAGUCUUGACAACCCACGGAAGCAAACAGAGAAGGUCGCCACCGAAUGCAUACUCUACGGAUACAAAAACAAGGACAACGAGUGGAAGGUGAUCGACAAAUACGAGCGCAUCUCCCAGGGCAUGAUCUGCGAAGACUACCCUCGCAACGACCCGAGUUCAACGAGCCACUACACUCAGCUAUUGAGCGGAGGCGACGUCGUCAUCCGAAACCUGUCGGCUGAUGCGAAUCGCAAGUCGAAGCGCUAUGCUGGUGGCUACCACUGGAUCAAGGUCACCUACGACUCGACCCAGUCCGCAGACCGCGCAUGCUUCUACUCGCCACAGGAAAUCGAUGGGCACAUGGUCUUCUGCGAGCUGUACAGUGGCCAUGGACCAACCGAAGACGCCCCCAUCCCUGCAGACUCUGCUGCGAGCAGUCGGAUUCGCAAUAAAGCACCGCGCACCUUGACUACCUCGCACUCGACCGCCUUCCUCUCCAACUCCAGCAAAGACCAGGACCGCAUGACAUUGCCUCGAUCAUUUGCCAUGAACAACCUUUCCAGUGUACCAGAUAUUCCAGAGGAUGAAGGACAUUCGGUCGACUCCUCGACGAUCGCUGGUACCGCCGAUGAUACAAUUACAUCCACUGCAACCUCUGCAACUGCCACUGCCACACCCUCGUUCCAGCAAAACAGUUUCAAUACAACAACUUCUUCGUCAACAUGGACGACAGGGGCUUCGUCCAAUAACGAUCGCACCUCAGUCCACCAACGCCGAGCUCCCGCUCAGGCCGAACCCACCCCCGACAACGAAUUCAUGACACAUAUUCCGACCGUCCGCCGUACCAAGCUGCGCCCCAUGCUCGAGGCACUCCCUCCACAGCCAACCAUGACUGAGCGCAUCCUCCGCUCAAUUCCCAUCCUGAGCUGGUUCACAGGUGACAUUGUGGGUGAGGGCCCGCUGCUACGCGAGGACGGCACAUUCGAUUCGGAAAAAUCUGGCAUUUAUUGGAGGUUCUGGUAUACGUUCGAUUAUUUCCUGAAAACGGAUAUGUGCGGACUGAAGGAGGAUAGUUGA